AUGGAUUUCUGGCAACCUAAUCCUAAUGCUGAACCAUUUAUACCAAAGCGUGAGCUUAAUAAAAACAUUAAGAGUCAAUUUAGAGCCAAACUUUUUAAAAACCGGUUCAUUAAUCGUAUUUUUCAGGCUAUAUUAGUUAUAAUUCUUAUGAUCACUAUUACCCUUAACAUGGUAUUUAUCUUUGAUACUAGUCAACGUUUACAUGGAGAGUUGAGCAAUAGAAUGGGUUCUGCAUAUGUUAACCAGGGUGAUAGUGAUCAUCCAGAAAAUUUAUUAGACGACAUUACUCCGUCUUCCUUAAGUAUAGAAGUUCUUUCUAGUCAGUCUCGUGUGACAGUCACCAUUGAUGGAGCUACAAUUUUAGAAGAUGGGGAAAAAGGAGAAGGACGUGGAAUCCAUGUUGUUGUUUUAAAUCAGGCUACCGGAAGUGUCAUGUCUCAAAGGCUCUUUGACACCUAUUCACUUCAAGAAGAUGAAGCAAUGUCAUUGUUUUUAAAUAUGAUUUCAGAUGGAAGAAUAAUUAUUUUUGCAAUCAAGGAUGAGGGUACUUUUCAACUUAAAGGUGCAGCAAGAUCACUUUUAACUAGAUUGGGUUCCAGGCAUGCCCAAGGUUUGAGUUGGAGAGAUAUGUGGGCUAUGGUUACUGAAAAAGGAGGCAAAGUUUAUGGAGAAUCUUAUAGCAAAAGUGUGACUUUUAGUUCCUGGGGGGCCUCUGUUAUCUUAAGGGUUCAAGUUCCUCUAGUUCCUAUUGAAAGAAGUAAUUGCCAAUGGCCUGAUACAGAAGAAACCCAAAGGAGAUUACAAUUUUGUAAUAGAAUUGAGGGCUAUGGAAGUGUUUGCAGUUGUGAUGAACCUGCUUCACUUACUUUUUCUCCAGAACCGGUGGAAGACAAUAAAGUGUAUGAAGUACCUGUAAUUGUUAUUGCUAGCAACCGACCACAUUAUUUGUACAGAUCUCUGAGAUCUCUUUUGUCAGCUAGAGGUGCCAAUAAAGAUAUGAUAACAGUUUUCAUUGAUGGUUAUUUUGAAGAACCCCUUGAAGUGACAAAGCUUCUUGGUCUUCGUGGUAUACAGCACACUCCAAUAGGCUACAAAAAUUCCCGGAUUUCACAGCAUUAUAAAGCUUCUUUCUCUGCUGUAUUUAAUAUGUUCUCUAAUGCACAUUAUGCCAUUGUUGUUGAAGAGGAUUUAGAUGUUUCUGAAGAUUUUUUUAGUUUUUUUAGUCAAACAAUAGAGUUACUAGAAAAAGAUCCUAGCAUUUACUGUAUAUCAGCUUGGAAUGACCUUGGCUACGAAGAAACUAGCAGUGAUGUUUAUGAACUCAUGAGAGUUGAAACUAUGCCUGGUUUAGGUUGGGUACUGAGUCGUAAGUUAUAUAAGAAUGAGUUAGAACCAAAAUGGCCUACUCCUGAAAAAAUGUGGGAUUGGGACAUGUGGAUGAGAAUGUCAGAAAUUCGAAAAGAUAGAGAAUGUAUUGUUCCGGAGAUAUCUAGAACAUUUCAUUUUGGUUCAUUUGGAAUAAACAUGAACUCAUAUUUUCAAGAUAAAUAUUUUAAAAGUCAUUCAUUUAACACUCAACCAAAAGUAAUCUUCCAGAAUGUUGAAAGAGUUACGAAAGAUAAUUAUGAGGAUUUUAUUCAUAAUAUGAUUAAAACUGCUACUGUUUUAAAUGAAUUUCAAUCUCCAUGUAAUGAAAAUUUCCUUUCUAACUACAGUGAUGGAAGAAACUCUAAGGUAGCUGUAAACAUGAUAUUUAUUUUGUUUAUUAAAAUGGUUGAUUCCAAAGAUUUCGAUACCUGGCUUCAAACUGCUAAGUGUUUAAAAAUUUGGGACUUAGAUGCAAGAGGAUAUCAUAAAGCAAUGUGGCGUUUACGAAUUAAGAAUAAUGAGUUGUUGGUUGUCGGCUAUCCAUUUUCUCCUUACUCGAUUUACAAACCAGAAAAUAUAAAACCUCUGAAUUUGCAUCUACAGAAUAGCCGAGAAGUAACCGAAAGUACAUGA